AUGGCCUAUACUGAUACAAGCUUGGGAAGCAGCACUCUGAAAUGGCACCUCGCCAACAUGUGGAUCGGACCCCACCUCAUCACGCCGCUGUACUGUGUCGUCAACUUCCCUGACGGACGUCCAGACUCCCACGACGCCCUCGUGACCAACAGGCCUCUAAUCGACGCCCUCGUCCCACUGAAAGCCGCCUUCUUCUUCCUCCCAGUAGCGCUCAUGCACUGCCCAGGCCCCUACAACCCACCAGACGAGGUGAAAGUCCACCUCGCCAUGCUCAUCCACACCUGGCCCGUCUGGAUAGCAGGCGGGGCAUAUCUUCUGCAGGGAAACAAGGACCGCCGCCCGACCGCCCGAGCCGCCGUCCUCAGUCGACUUCGCGUCCUCUACGUCUGGGCCUUCUACGCCGCCGCAGCUUCUCAUGUGGUGACCGUGCUCUGGUGUCUGAGUCUGGACGAGGCUCCCGGGUCCGCGCUGCACGCCAUGUUUGUUCCCCCCUUUCCACGCGCGGAGUUGCUCACCUUGCAUCCUCGGGAGGCCAUAUACUUCGUGACGAAGUGGGCCAACGUGCUGUGUCCGAGUUCUGCGUAUGUGUGGGCGCUGGUUGCGUAUCUGCAGGCGUGCCAGCGGCGCGGUCUGCCAUCGGUGGAUCUGUUGGGGGUGUUGGUGAAUACCUCUGGGCUGUUAGUUGUUUGUGGACCGUAUGCGGUUGCGGUGCGGAUGCUGAUUUGGAAGCAUGAUGUUUUGAGUGGUUGA